AUGAAAGUAGUUAUAACUUCUAUCUGCACUCGAUUCCAUCGAGUGCAGAUAGAAGAUAAGCACUGCAUUGACUUACACAAGAACGCGAUGAUUACGCAGAUACGGCGGAGGGAAAGUGAAGAAGUGCUGAAAAAGACAAUUGAACAACUUCGCGAAGAAGAAGCAGAAGUAUUAGCAAGGAAAAGUGCUCUUUUUAAAGCACAAGAAGAUUAUAACGACCUCAAAUUUGCGCUGCAGAAGGCCCAGGAGCAUACCGCCAAUAUAGAAAAUGCUAUCAAGCUGAAGCGGCGAGAGCUGUACAAAGAUGCCGAAGACUUGCGGCAAAGUGAAAUAAUCAAGAUGCGACAGGACUUCUUCUUAGACCGGCUCCAUAACCAACUGCGCGAAAUGAACGAAGAAAAAGAAUUCAUAAAUGCACAAAUCAAAGCUCAACAAGCCGACCUACAAGCGUGCAGGACAUCCAUUCAAGAGGCGCAGCGGGAAACCGAUGAGAUAGUGCGAGGGAAGCGACAGCUGCGAGCUCAGCUCAACAACUGCAUGCAGGGAUUAGAACUGCGGUAUAAAGCAGAACAGAGCAUUAAACAAGCUAUGGAGGCACAGGAGGCAAAAACUGCAAACGUACAAAAUGACGUCAGGGAAGUUGAGGCAUAUGAGGAAGAAGCCGUUGCGUGCUACAUACGUAAAUGUUUUUUUGCGUCUUUAGCUGUACUUAUUUGUGCAGCAUCUAUGCGUCUCCUAUUGCAGGCAUCAGGACCAGAUGACCUGAUUGUUCGCUACUGUUGA